ACUUGAGAAAAAUGGAGUAUUCUAAGCUGUUGGGAGUAGUGGCCUUCAUAUGCUUUAGUAUUCCCAUGAUCGCAUCUUCUUCGGACGUACAUUUCAAAUUGAGGGUGAAUUUAACGCGCAGAUCAGAGGGAGACUUCAAUUUUACCGAGCGAUUGAGUGGGGCGGUGGAUCGAAGUAAGAUACGAAUGAAUAUGAUAGAGGCAUUUGUAAAUCAGCGGAUAGCUGGGCAGUUAGACGCUGAAACACCCAUUCACGUGGGAAAUGGGGAAUUUCUGAUGAACGUUGCAGUGGGAACACCCUCGGUGAGUUUUGAAGCCAUUGUUGACACGGGGAGUGAUCUAAUUUGGACUCAGUGCAGGCCUUGCCGGAAUUGCUACACUCAAUCUACGCCGAUCUUCGAUCCCUCCAAAUCGUCCACGUAUUCCACAGUUCCCUGCACUAACUCUCUUUGCAAUGCUUUGAAAAGAUCUAAAACUGGAUGCAAUCCAGAUUGUAUGUUUAAUUAUAGGUAUGGCGAUGGUUCUGAGACCAGCGGUGACCUGGCUUACGAGUCAUUCUCCAUUGGCAGCGGCAGCGACAGCAUGGUUGCAGGCAUUACUUUUGGAUGCGGCCAUGACAACCAAGGAUUCUCUCAUGAUGGCGGCCUUGUGGGCCUUGGAAGAGGUCCUCUCUCACUCAUCUCACAGUUGGGCUCCAAGGUAGAUAACAAAUUCUCUUACUGUCUAUUGUCCAUCACGGACUCCCCUUCACAAACUAGCCCUCUCAUUUUUGGUGAGGGUGCUUCCUUGAGCGGAGCCAACACGAUACCACUGAUUAAGAACAUUGUCGUUCCUUCUUUCUGGUAUAUUCCUGUUACAGGGGUCACCCUCAAUGGUGAACCCGUAAAUAUUCCUUCUGGAACUUUUGAUCUGCAACCGAGCGGUGCCGGAGGAAUGAUCAUCGACUCGGGAACGACCCUUACCUAUCUAGUCGAGGCUGCCUACUCUCCUGUCAAGGAAGCAAUUAAGGCCGCCAUUGAUCUUACUCCUACAGACGGAUCUUCCGUGGGUCUGGAUCUGUGUUACCAGACAUCAGGUCAGGUCACCUUGCCUUCGCUCACUUUCAACUUCAAAGGCGGCGUGAAUUACGAGCUUCCACCAGAGAACUUUUUCAUUCAGAUAUCCAACAAUCUGUUGUGCCUCGCCAUGAAGGGGACAUCAGGGAAGGUUUCCAUCUUCGGAAAUAUACAACAGCAGAACUUCCAAAUCCUUUACGACAAUGCUCAGAACACACUCUCCUUUAAGCCCACUGAAUGUGAUUCUCUUUGAAUAAUCAUCACUCUCUUCUGCUUUAUUUUCGUAUGCUUCUGCCACUUCCUUUUCGUGUUCAUUGACAUUUUCUUUCAACUUAAAAUAAUAUG